UCUGUGCCGACGACCACUGCUACCGGUUCCGUCGAGAUCCCCGUGAAUACCACCUCUACCGAGACCUUCCCGACUACCACGCAGCUCCCAACCUUGUCUCAGCUGCCAACGGCUUCCACUACCAUCAGCAACGCGACCCAGGCGGACAGCUUGGUCCCCACGGCUACGUCUUCCCUCUCGUCGACCUCCGUCGCCAACGAGACUGCCACGGCCACCAACGUCGUCCCCACUGCCACCGAGUCUCUCUCUACUGAGCCUGCGGCGACCACCACCCUUCCCGUGAACACCACUGUUCUUUCGGAGACUCUGAUUGAGACCACGCCCUUGCCGACUACGCCGACCGUCACUCAGCCGCCGCCUACCACGACUCCCAUCAUCACGAGCAUCCCCGCCACGGCCACCAUCACCGACUCGGAGUCCUGGCUGCCCAGCACCAUCAUUGUUGAGCAGUCUACUUCGCUCAGCACGCCCACGGAGGCUCUUGCCCCGACUUCGACCAUCCCUCUGCCUUCUGACCUCCCCAAGGUCAUUAGCGGUCCGGACCCGAAUGUCGAGCAGCCCAAGGACACCAUUCUCCUCCAGAUUGGUUUCCUGCACGGCGAGAACUACCAGCACGUCAGCAAGAAUCCCAACGCCGCUGCUCAGAUCUUCACGUGCCUGCCCAAGGCCUUGGCCGACGCUGCUGGCCUGGACGUCAACCAGAUCCAGAUGACCAAGCUCGUCCCCUACGACACUUCCCAGACUCUCGGCUACAUCACCACGCUCGCCAAGUUCUACUACCCCAAGAGCAUGGUCGACACCCUGCGCAUGGACAUCAAGAUUCCCAACUCGGCCAUCUACAACAACCCUGACCAGCUCGUCUACAACCUUACUCAGAACAUCAACCCCGCCAUUGAGAUCAUUCCUGGUCAGGAGGAUGACGGCACUUCUACCGACGGAGACGGCUCGUCGUCUACUUCCACCCCCAACAACCCCAACGACCCCUUCGGCACCGGUGACGACGGCUCCAACCAGUCUCCCAUCCAGAAGGGUACUGCCGCCGCCAUCGGUAUCGGAGCUGUUGGUGUUGCUGCUGCUUACGGUGCUGCCAUGUUCAUCAUUGCCCGCCGCUACAAGCAGAAGAAGCAGGCCCACCGCCGCGCCAGCUCCCUCACCUCGUCCGAGAUGCGCUACACCGGUGCCGGCAGCCCGCCCAUGAUGGGCGGUGCCCUGAUGAGCCAGGACUUCUCCAACUACGGAGCUGCCGGUGGUCGCGAAAGCCACGGAAGCGGCCGGACUAGGGGAAGCGGUCCGGGCAACUCUGCAAGGACGGCCUACAUCUCGGCCCCCGUUGCUGCUGAGAACUCCCUCGGCUGGAACUGA